AUGAGCGCUCCUCAGCCGAACGAAGCUGAUAAGAACAUCGAGAUCUGGAAGGUCAAGAAGCUGAUCAAGCGUCUUGAAUCCGCUCGCGGAAAUGGAACUUCCAUGAUCUCGCUCAUUAUCCCCCCCAAGGAUCAGAUUUCCCGGGCCGCAAAGAUGCUGGCUGAAGAAUAUGGUACCGCCUCCAACAUUAAGUCCCGAGUGAACCGUCUCUCCGUCUUGUCAGCCAUUACUUCGACCCAGCAGCGUCUCAAGCUGUACAACAAGGUUCCACCCAAUGGGCUGGUUGUGUACUGUGGUGAAAUUAUCACCGCCGAAGGAAAGGAGCGCAAAAUUAACAUCGACUUCGAACCCUUCAAGCCCAUCAACACAUCGCUAUACCUUUGUGACAACAAGUUUCACACUGAGGCCUUGAGUGAGCUUCUGGAGUCUGACCAGAAGUUCGGUUUCAUUAUCAUGGACGGUAACGGUGCUCUGUUCGGUACUCUCAGUGGUAACACCCGUGAGAUCCUUCAGCGUCUUUCCGUCGAUCUGCCCAAGAAGCACGGUCGUGGUGGUCAAUCCGCUCUGCGUUUCUCUCGUCUCCGUGAGGAAAAGCGCCACAACUACGUCCGCAAAAUCGCCGAAUUGGCUGUCCAGAACUAUAUUACCAACGACAAAGUCAACGUCGCCGGACUCGUCUUGGCCGGUUCUGCCGAUUUCAAGAACGACCUCAACCAGUCCGACCUGUUCGACGGCCGUCUACAGGCCAAGGUUAUCAAGAUUGUCGAUGUUUCCUACGGUGGUGAGAACGGUUUCAACCAGGCUAUUGAGCUUGCUGGCGAGACCCUGAGCAACGUCAAGUUCGUCCAGGAGAAGAAGCUCAUCGGACAGUACUUCCAGGAGAUCAGUCAAGAUACUGGCAAGGUCUGCUAUGGUAUUGAGGAUACCCUCAAGGCAUUGGAGCUUGGUGCGGCUGAGAUUCUGAUUGUCCACGAGAACCUGGAGAUCACCCGCUGGGUCAUGAAGAACGCUGCAGGCGCUGAGGUUGUGGUCCACACCAACAAGUCCCAGGAAUCCAACCGUGAGCUUUUCCAGGACAAGGAGACAGGUCUCGAUAUGGAGGUUGUCGACUCGGGUUCCUUCUUGGAGUGGCUUGCUGAGGCCUACAAGGACUUCGGUGCCAACCUGGAGUUCGUCUCCGACCGAUCUGGCGAAGGAAACCAGUUCGUCAAGGGAUUCGGUGGUAUCGGUGCUAUUCUCCGAUACAAGGUCAACUUUGAACAGCUUGCCGAUUACAGCGAUGACGAUGAGUUCUACGACGUGAGCGAGGAUGAACGGCCAGAAGCUCCCGCGGCGGGUCUUUUGACGGCUCGCCCUGUGGAUCAACACGGUGGCUCCCGUGAUGGAACCAAGGCAUCCGUGAAGGAUAACCAACAAAGGCCUGGUCCAAGCACAGUGAAGUCACUCAGAGGGUCAUCCAAGCUCCGUGAUAUGCACACCGAGGUCACCUCGGGGUCUGAUAUGAAGUGGUUUAAAUUGCAAUUUAGGUUGGAUCUGAUUCUCGGCAAAAUUUGGUCAUCCACCGCUGCUUGCUCGACUUACUUCAUGUAA